AUGUGGUUAACAGCUAGUGACACAGCUCUGGCCCUUGAGGAUCUUCUACCUGAGGGUGGACAAGGCCGUAUUCUAUUCACUACCCGAAACCGAAAACUCGCCAUGAAGCUGGCACCUUUCAACACCGUUCCAAUUCCAGACGUGGAUAGAGAAACCGCACUAAAAAUUCUGGAAAGAACAUUGGAAAAUGAAGACUUGCAUAAAGAUAGUACGAUAUCAGCUACUCUUCUAGAGCAACUGGCCUUUCUACCUUUGGCAAUUACACAGGCAGCAGCAUAUAUUAUCGAAAACGGUAUAAAUUUGUCUACCUAUCUUGCACUUCUCCAAGAGCAGGAACAAGAUACUGUGGAACUCCUUAGUGAAGACUUUAGGGAUCCAGGACGCUAUAAGGAUAUCCAGAACCCUGUGAUCAGUACCUGCAUGGCGAACCUGGCAUCAACCUACCGGAAUCAGGGACGAUGGAAUGAAGCUGAGAAGCUGGAGGUGCAAGGACGAUGGAAUGAAGCUGAGAAGCUGGAGGUGCAAGUUAUGGAGACAAGCAAGACAGUGCUGGGAGCCGAGCAUCCUGACACUCUGACCAGCAUGGCGAACCUGGCAUCAACCUUUGGGAAUCAGGGACGAUGGAAUGAAGCUGAGAAGCUGGACCUGCAAGUCAUGGAGACAAGGAAAACAGCACUGGGAGCUGAGCAUCCUGACACUCUGACCAGCAUGGCGAACCUGGCAUCAACCUUUUGGAAUCAGGGACGAUGGAAUGAAGCUGAGAAGCUGGAGGUGCAAGUCAUGGAGACAAGGAAGACAGUUCUGGGAGCCGAGCAUCCUGACACUCUAACCAGCAUGGCGAACCUGGCAUCAACCUACCGGAAGCAGGGACGAUGGAAUGAAGCUGAGAAGCUGGAGGUGCAAGUUAUGGAGACAAGAAAGACAGUGCUGGGAGCUGAGCAUCCCUCUACUUUGACCAGCAUGGUGAACCUGGCAUCAACCUACCGGAAGCAGGGACGAUGGAAUGAAGCUGAGAAGCUGGACCUGCAAGUCAUGGAGACAAGGAAGACAGCGCUGGGAGCUGAGCAUCCUGACACUCUGACCAGCAUGGCGAACCUGGCAUCAACCUACCGGAGGCAGGGACGAUGGAAUGAAGCUGAGAAGCUGGAGGUGCAAGUUAUGGAGACAAGCAAGACAGUGCUGGGAGCCGAGCAUCCUAACACUCUGACCAGCAUGGCGAACCUGGCAUCAACCUUUGGGAAUCAGGGACGAUGGAAUAAAGCUGAGAAGCUGGAGGUGCAAGUCAUGGAGACAAGGAAGAUAGUUCUGGGAGCUGAGCAUCCUGACACUCUGACCAGCAUGGGGAACCUGGCAUCAACCUUUUGGAAUCAGGGACGAUGGAAUAAAGCUGAGAAGCUGGAGGUGCAAGUUAUGGAGACAAGGAAAACAGUGCUGGGAGCUGAGCAUCCUGACACUCUGACCAGCAUGGCGAACCUGGCAUCAACCUACCGGAAUCAGGGACGAUGGAAUGAAGCUGAGAAGCUGGACCUGCAAGUCAUGGAGACAAGGAAAACAGCACUGGGAGCUGAGCAUCCUGACAAUCUGACCAGCAUGGCGAACCUGGCAUCAACCUACCGGAAGCAGGGACGAUGGAAUGAAGCUGAGAAGCUGGAGGUGCAAGUUAUGGAGACAAGCAAGACAGUGCUGGGAGCCGAGCAUCCUGACACUCUGACCAGCAUGGCGAACCUGACAUCGACCUACCGGAAUCAGGGACGAUGGAAUGAAGCUGAGAAGCUGGACCUGCAAGUCAUGGAGACAAGGAAAACAGUGCUGGGAGCUGAGCAUCCUGACACUCUGACCAGCAUGGCGAACCUGGCAUCAACCUUCCGGAAUCAGGGACGAUGGAAUGAAGCUGAGAAGCUGGAGGUGCAAGUCAUGGAGACAAGGAAGACAGUUCUGGGAGCUGAGCAUCCUGACACUCUGACCAGCAUGAAUAACCUCGCCUAUACCUUGGAAUCCCAAGGGAAGCUUCAUUAUGCUUUGGCUCUAAUGGAAAAAUGUUCUGAGUUGCGCAGCAAAGUAUUAGGGCCUAAUCACCCAGAUACCAGAUCCUCCUCUUGUGCUCUUGGCGACUGGAUGGAUAAGUAUAAUUCAUCCCCAAACCAUACACCCCCAGCAGCGCCCACUGAAAUAGAACGUUUGCAACAUAUACAGGAAAUUUCACGGGGCCUACAGUGUAAUGAUCGCUCAGUCGCCCCGUGA